CCGGGCCCCGCAGCGACAUUCCCCCGGUCCGCCGCCGCCGUCACCACGAGGUCGGUGGCCCCCCCCCGUUCCCCGCCAUGUCGGUGAACAUGGACGAGCUCAGGCACCAGGUCAUGAUCAACCAGUUCGUGCUGGCGGCGGGCUGCGCGGCCGACCAGGCGAAGCAGCUGCUGCAGGCGGCCCACUGGCAGUUCGAGACCGCCCUGAGCACGUUUUUCCAAGAAACCAACGUUGCCAGCAGCCACCCCCACCAUCAGAUGAUGUGCACGCCCAGCAACACGCCAGCCACGCCGCCCAACUUCCCCGACGCCCUGGCCAUGUUCUCCAAGCUGCACGCCUCUGAGAGCAGCCCCGGCCCCAUGGCCCCCACCGCCUGCUCGCCCCCCGCCGGCUUCAGCCCCUUCUGGGCCUCGCCCCCCGCACCCGGCCACCCGGGCUCCUGGGUGCCCCCCGCGUCCCCCACGGCCCACGGCCUCCACCAUCUCCAUCACCCCACACCCACGUGGCCCCCGGGGGCCCCUCAGGGCCCGGCCCAGCAGAAAGCCGUGGUGGCACUGAACGGGCAGAGAUAAGACUGGACGGGGGGCU